GAAUCAGAUGCAUGUGUGUGCGGUACGGAACAGUGGAAACCAAACGAAACACUGCAACAAAGCGAAAAACAAUUGUGCACAGCCGGCUGUUUGAUUAAUCAUUCAUAUUCAAUUUAAUAAUGAUGUCCAACCCAGGGGGGGAGUCUAAGAAUGAUGACCUGCCGGCAAAUACCCUGGAACUAUUCACAGAGCUGGACCAGGUGCUGCAAAUGAUCGAAAAUAUCAAAUCAAUCGAUGACGGCUCUUUUGAAAGGGAAUUUGAAAACUACGCCCAAGUGCUGUCCCGCUACCAAGAGCAACCGCAUUUGCUAGAUCCCCAUCUAGAGCUGCUGCUGGGUCGCUUGCUGGACAAGAUUCGGCUGCAGCAGGCGCCGCCGGGUGAACGUGAUGCAGCCUUCAAGUAUCUGUACAUAAUUUGCAAAGUACGCACAUAUAAAGUUCUGGUAAAGUUUAUGCCCCACGAGCUGAGCGAUCUGGAGUUUGUGCUGGAUCUGUUGGGCCAACAGGAUCCAACUGAAUUUGAGAAAUGGGAGACCCGAUACAUACUCCUACUCUGGAUGUCCAUUGUGGUCCUGAAUCCCUUUCAUAUGUCACGACUGGAUGCAUAUGAAACGUCGCCCAGUGUCGCCCUCAACUGCGUGCUGGCCAACAAUGUUGAGUCCCACAAAUCCACCAAAAUGGAGCGCAUCUUUGAGCUAUGCAAGCUGUAUGUCUCCACCAACGACACGUGCAGCAGCAUGGCCGCCUAUCUGGCCGCCAAGUUUUUCGUACGCAUCGACAUCAAGGAUCUGUAUUUGGAGCGUUUUCUCGACUGGAUCAUUGGCCAGCAUCAGGCGGACACAAUGAAUGUUAAAUUUGGCCAACUGGCCGCCGUUGCGGCCAUUCUGAAGCAUGGCAAGCGUGAGGAUUUGCUGCCCUAUGCGGACAAGCUCCUGCACUGGAUAACAUCCUGCCAGUACAAGGAGGGCAAUGAUUUUCUCAAGUACAAGUUCUAUGUGAAAAUUGUCCAGAGAUUGGGCCUGGUGCACUUAAAGCCACGCAUUGCCAGCUGGCGCUACAAAAGAGGCACACGUUCGUUGGCCACAAAUCUCAAUCAGCAUCCGGGUGCGGCUGGCGCUCAGUCGACUGCUGCUCUCGAUGGCGCCGAUGGGGAUGCUGGAGAGGAAAUUGUUGUUCCUGAUGCCAUUGAGGAAGUUAUUGAGGAGCUGCUCCAGGGCCUGCGCAGUGGCGGCAACGACAUUCGAUGGAGUGCCGCCAAGGGCUUGGGCCGGGUGACCAAUCGACUGCCCAAAGAGCUGGCCGACGAGGUGAUUGGCUCUGUGAUUGAUAUACUAAACCCCCUGGAGCCGCACGAGGCUUGGCAUGGCGGCUGUUUGGCUUUGGCCGAGCUAGCCAAACGUGGUCUGCUGCUGCCCCAUCGUCUCGAGGAGCUGGUGCCGCUGCUCAUGCAGGCCUUGUUCUAUGACGAAAUGAAGGGCUACAUGUCCGUGGGUCAGCAUAUACGCGAUGCCGCCUGCUACAUGUGCUGGGCCUUUGCUCGUGCCUACAAUCCCGAUGAUGUCAAGCCGUUUGUCCAGAAGAUCUCCUCAGGCCUGCUCACGGUGGCGGUGUUUGAUCGCGAAGUAAACUGCCGCAGAGCUGCUUCAGCCGCUUUCCAAGAAAGCGUUGGCCGUUUGGGCAACUUUCCCUUUGGCAUCGAGAUCUCGGUAACCACGGACUUUUUCUCUGUGGGAAUACGCCAGAAUUCCUAUCUGAAUAUCAGCGAUUUCAUAGCACAAUACGAGGUAUAUCGCGAGCCACUAAUCACUCAUCUGGUGCAGCACAAAGUGGGCCACUGGGAUCCGGCCAUACGCGAACUAACAGCCAAGGCGCUGCACAAACUAACGCUGUGGGAGCCAGAGUAUAUGGCGGCCGUUGUGCUGCCUCAACUCCUGGCCAAAACGGACACCAUCGACAUCAACAGUCGGCAUGGUUGUGUCCUGGCCAUGGGUGAAAUCACCCUGGCCGUCCGCAAGCUGGAAAUGGCCAGUGAUCCAGCCAUUGUGUAUAUCUCCAAUCAACGGAUUGUGGAGCUGAACGAGCUGCUAAAGAAUUUCCUCAUGAAGAACUAUUACCGCGGUAUGAGCGGGGAGCUGCUGAAAUCCAGCACAGCUGAUUUCAUACGCAACUGCAGUCUGGCCAAGCUGCAGGUGACGCCUGAUUGCCUGCUCUCCUGGCAAACGGUCAUUGAUUUCUGUUUGGUGACCAAAAACCCUGUCAUACGAGCCUCUGGUGUGGAGGCCUUUGCCGAGCUGUGUCGUUCCUACUACUGUGUGGAUAGUCGCAGCGACCAGAACGAGGCCAUCAUCAGGUCGUAUCUUAAGGGCGCCGAAAACGAUCUGGACGAGCACAUACGCAUGGGCUAUAUAGCAGCUUUGGGGGUACUGCCCUCGUUUAUGCUGAGCCCUCAUCUGUCCCCUGUGCUGGAGAGUUUAGUAAAGCACUCGCUGACACCGCUGCAGGCCGUCCUGGCCGGGGAUGUGGGGCAGCAGGAGGAGCAUAUCCAGACCUACCGGUGGAGCGAGGCGCGCAUGGAAAGCAUCAAAGCCUUAACAAAGGUGGUCAAAACUGUGGGCUACGAAGGAACUAUUGAUACCUUUUCAGAGCAUGGAAAUUUCAACAAAGUAAUCGCUUGCCUGCUGCGAGCCCUGGAUGAAUAUACCCUGGACAAUCGUGGCGAUAUUGGAGCCUGGGUGCGUGAGGCAUCCAUGUCAUCGCUCUACCAGAUAGUAACCCAGUGUCCACCGGCUAUGCUAACGGCCACGCAUGUCCAUGAGAUUGUCGUGGGCUUCAUGCAGCAGGCGGUGGAGAAAAUCGAUCGUACGCGUGGCCUGGCCGGACGUCUCUGUUGCCAGCUAAUCCAUGCUGAGCCACGCAUCCCCCAUAUACGAGAGCAUGCGAAACUCAUUGAGAUAUUCCCCACGGAUGUGAAUUCUGUUCUCUGGCUCUUUGCCGAUCAUACAUUCCCCUUGUUCUGCCAGCUGUUGGGCCUGCCGGAUUACUCCAAGCGUGUCCUGUUGGGUCUAACCGCCAGCAUUGGGCAGCUGACUGAAUCUCUGAUCAAAUAUGCUUCAACGGCUUUAUUCCAAUUUUUACGUUCCAAUCCCACGAUGGUGCCGCGUCUGUGCAAGGAGAUUGUGGAGAUCUUCCAGGAGAAUCUCUUGAACGAGCGCGUGACCUAUCCAAUGUUGAGUUUCCUGGACAUACUCAUUGGUUCCGGCACCACUGACAUGGUCCUGCAUGACGAAUCGAAUUCCUUUGUCGAGGACAUCUAUCGCCUGCUCAAUCUGGAGGUCAAGGGCUACAAGAAGUUGUACAAGACAGCCAGCAGCAUAGGUGCCUUUUGCCAGCUCAUCCAAGUGCCGCGCCUCAGCAAGCGUGUGCUCUCCAAACUGUCAGUAUUCUUGGGCCUGCAGCAUGUCCAUGUCCGCAAAACUGCCGCCACCAAGCUCUACGAAGCAUUGGCCCUGCAUGGCGAUGUUACCGAUAUACCCGAGGAUAAUAUGGAUGAAAUCCUGCCAAUCCUCUCGGAGACAGACUGGACUAUGCCCCUGGUGGAGGCGCGUCCGUUGCGGAAUCAGCUAUGCCAUUUGAUGGGCAUCAAGCCACCAGUUAGUGGUGCAGCAGCAGCUGUAGCUGCCGCCUCUGAAGCAGCAGAUAAAUGAAUUUCGACAAAUGUUUAACAUAUUUAUUAUCCUUGUGUAUUAAAUACUUUUACUAAUAUACAUUUUGGAUCCAACAGAAAA